CAGAUGGACGGAGAUACAUUAGACCCUGGCGGCGUCCACGGUCGUCCAAACAGUUCAUCAUGUUCUCGGUCGUUCGCAUUCUGGCUUCCCAAGAUCGACACAUCUCAACAACAUGGCGACCAAGCGGCGUCUCGUCCGAUUCACCAUCCUGGUCAAACGUAACCCGGCUUUAUCGGAAGAAGAAUUCCACUCGUACUGGACAACGAAGCAUGUCCCACAAGUCCAGGAUUGGCUGACCCGACAUGGCAUCAUGAAAUAUACUCAGUAUCACACCCCAUCCUCGGUGCGGGAUCAGGCCAAAUCAAUUCCCGGUCUUGCCCAGGCCACCAUAGCCGAGUGGGACGGGUUUGUUGAGCUGCUGAUGCCUAAUAUGUCAUGCUUUGACGAAGCCCAAAAGGAUCCGUAUUAUUCGGAAGUCGUCUUCCCCGACGAGUUGAAGUUCGCCGACCCGGCAAAUUCACAAAUCAUCAUUGGCUGGGAAGAGGUUUAUGUCCAAGAUGGGAAGAUAGUUGAUCUGCAGCCAGGAGGAAAUGUCGUGACAGCGUGAUUGGUUGAAUGUCACUUGAUAGACUGGGCGUAACCGGAAAUGUCUACCACAAUCGAUGUAGAGUGCAAUCCAACACGUAGAGUCAGCGUCGGAUGAUGUCGCAGUAAACUGGACUUGGUCAGUCGCUCCGAACUCGAGGCGACCCUCACCUUAGGUACCUAGACCAUGCCCGAUCAGUGCCUUAGAUGGAAUACUCUGCGUGUAGAGUAGUGUGCUGGUUGGUGUAUUUAAUUACCUUGCAUACCAU